CUUGACACUGUUGCAGAAACGAUAAUCAUCUUGCAAGCGUAGGUUCACUUUCAUUACCAAAGCAAGAACAAGGAUUUCACAUUCAAAGAGUUUUGACUGGAUGAUAAUGGCCAUCAAAUCAAGAUAACAUCAAAAUUUCCAAUGGACAUAUAUUGUAUGUCUUAUAAGCCAUCCCGUAGCCACAGAUGAGAAGAUUUAUAAGCUGUAUAAGGACUGGGAACAACAGGCAGCAUGAUGACAACUGUGUUACAGCACGUGCACCUUCGUCUGGUGUUUUCAUGUGUGGUGCUGCUCCUACUUGGCUAUGCCGCAGUAACCCAUUGGCUCAUCCAGAAAGCCAUCACCAGCACCCACCCUGACGACGAAAAUGGACUCUUGCUGCAGCAAAGACUGGAUGCGACAUCUCACGAAGAUGGCUACAUUGUGAACCAGCAGAACAAUGGUGUUCUCUUCUUCAAUCGUGUUCCAAAGUGUGGUAGUGAGAUGCUGGUGUUGCUCCUCCAGUGGCUACAGGGACAAAACACCUUCAGACAUGUCAGGCUCAGGAACACCAUCAAGAGGUACCUGACAUAUAAUGAGCAG